CUUGGCCGUAGUGACUCGUCUGCUCCCUAGCUAGUUCGCUCGAGCUGGACGGGAGAACAGACGAAAAGUCGGUACGCUUGUGAAGUCACGGUGCAGGUACUAAAAAUAUGCCACAUUGUCGACCGAGGAACCAUCCAGGUCAAGCCCAGAACCCUUGCUUCCAGAUCACGGGCGGACCGAGGACGAUUGUGUCUCCCAAAUCCAUCGUCAAGGAUGCGAGCCAUCGAAGUCCAAAGUUGAUGGCUGGCUUAGUGGGGGAAAGAGCAUGGGUAGGUUCCCAGAGACCAUGUGCUCAUGGGCCCCGAUACUAUUUCGUACAGGCUCUGUUUCUUCCGCCCUCGAGCGGCGUUUCAAUAGUCAGCAACCGCUUCAAGCAAAAAAAGCAUGAUUCGUCUUUCGCUCCCGGAUGUUUGGCGACUUCCGAAGCGGAAUCAUGACAUCUGGUUCGCAAAGUUCGCCCAAACGGGAAGAGCGCUACUUUGCGCCGCACGCCCGGGUCUGCGACUGCCCGCUUUGAUUGGCCAGAAAGUACACAACAUGCAGCGUAUGUUCGUUUUCGACAAUAGCCACAAGUCGAUCCCUCCAGUUGGGCUCUGGGAUCACUUGGAACAGACAUCGCAACGUAGACAUCGAGUUAGAUGGAGCUCUUUGCCAUGGCGUCGACUCGCAUUUCGCUCCGAAACAGAACUAGCAUCGCUUUUCCAGUCCAGCGAACCCACAGACCAAAUCCACCUAAACAGCAUGGAUGUCAUGUAUCGUACAUAUACUGCUGUGGAGGCGACAGGGUCCAGGGUCCAGACUCACGUCAGGCAGGGUUUUCCGAUGAGAUGGAACGAAGUAUCUUCAGAUAUCGGGAGGCGGUAGGCAGCAAGAGCAGCGCUAUUUGAUGCGAAUAAGUCGGUGUGGAACGAGGAUAGUCGGUGCAUAGUACACG